CAAACCUUUGCCCUAAGCCUACUCCUCCCCCUUGGCCUCGUCAAUUCGUUUGUUCUUUCCCUGUCCCCCAGUUCCUGCUCCUGUUCCUGUUCCUGUUCCUGUUCCUGUUCCUGCUUUUUUUAUUUUUUUUAUUUUUUUAAACUUUACGCCCUUUGUUUAUUAAAAACAGCUUGUGUGAGUCUCAAACCAAAGCCCCGGGAUCAAUUUUUUAAAUUACAUUUUGUAAAUAGCCUACCUGGGAUAUUAAUUUAUUUCUCUUCCUUUUGUUGCCCCCCCCUUCCCUUCAUAUUGACCAUUACAACGAGAAGAAGGACAGAUGAAUAACAAUCCUCCUCAAGAGUCUGCAACAAUAUCAACACAGCCUCGUGCUGUGCCAAUGAUGAUUGGCGAUCCAUUAUCACAGGAGUUUAACCCUGCAUCAUCCAGCUCACCUGGCUCCCCUAGGCUUAGCUCCCCUAGCUCACCCAACUCAUUCAGCUCACCUCGGUCAACUAGAGCUUUCUCUCUUGCACAACAACAACAACAGCAGCAACAAUAUCACCAAGAAUGGCCACAACACCAAGAGCGACACUCUGCACAAAUAUCAGUGCCAGCAUCAACAUCAACACCAGCAUCAGUAUCAGCAUCAGCAUUAGUAUCAAUGUCAUCACCAACAUCACCCUCAUCUCCUUCUAGGUCACAACAGCAUUUUUCAUCUCCAAUAUCACCAAUAUCACCGUUAUCACAAUCUCCUCAAUCACCACCGAUCUUAAAUCAAGGUCCCUCUCAAAGAAGCAUAGAGCAUCGUUCAAUGUCAAUGCCCUUGUCUACGCCCAUGAAUGGUGAGCGUGAAAUUGAACAGGGACAGGGACAGGGACAAGGACCAGAAAAUGUGCGUCCCCGAGCAUUAUCUUUGACUUACUCGGAACCACCUUUGUCCCCUCUUCCGGCCUAUGUCGCACGUCUUCCACCGAUCUAUCCUCCUCAUUAUUAUCAAGAAGUUCUUAACGAGACACAGGCGGGUGGAGCACAACAGAGGACGCCAUUAGAUAUGGAUAAUUCUGGCAGAAAUUCACAUGGACAUAGCUAUGACUAUGAAUAUGGACACGGACAUGGGCAUGAGUAUGGACAUGGGUAUGGAAAUGGAUCUGGAUAUGGACGUGGAUCGAUGUGGAUUCCUGGAGGAAGAGGAGGAGGAAGGAAUGAAGAAGAGAAUAUAUAUCAAUCUGCAGGACAGUUCAAUCCAGAGGCUCGUCAGAAGGGAUGGUGGAGGAGGAAGAAGGAAUCGUGGUAUGGUAAAGGACUGGACGAUGAUGAAAAGGGAAGUGGACGAGGAGAGACGUGGAUGGUUUUGAAGGAGAUCCUUGAAUGCUGUCCCUUUUGUUGUCUCUGUUGUAUCUGUGGGUUCACUUCUGCAAAUUAAAAAAAAACUCUCCCUUCCUCCCUUCCUUCCACGUGCUUUUUUUUUUUUUUUUUUU